AUGGUUGUUCAUAUUGUGACAGGUGCAAUACCAAGUGAAAUUGGAAAUCUACAAAGCAUUGAGAUCUUUAAUAUCGUUUUCAACAACUUUAUUGGUCCAAUUCCAUUUGAGAUAUUUAACAUCUCAACAGUACAAGUAAUUUCAAUGGUUUGCAAUAACUUCUCAGGCCAUCUUCCAUCAAAUGUAGGCUUCUUCCUUCCAAAUCUUCAGCAACUUUUUCUUUGGGAAAAUCAACUAAGUGGAACAAUUCCCAACUCUAUCUCUAAUGCUUUACAACUCACUCUCUUAAACUUGAGCAACAACUCAUUCUCAGGCUUAAUUCCUAAAGCACUUGAGUUCAACUUUUUCUCUUCUCUGUCAAAUUUGACAUAUCUAAAACAGUUAGAUUUGUCAAGUAAUUUACUGAAUAACAUCCUUUUUGAUUCCAUUGGAAAUCUCCCAACUUCUCUUGAAGAACUUUACAUAGAUCAUUGCAAUAUUAAGGGCAGCAUUCCUAGAGAUAUAGGCAAUUUAAGCAACUUGAUGACUUUGUCUCUACGGUUCAAUGAAUUGUUUGGACCUAUUCCAACUACUGUGGGAAGAUUGCACAAGCUUCAAGCAUUGAGAGUUGAUAAUAAUAAACUAGAAGGUCUCAUACCAUUUGAUCUUUGUCAUUUAGAGAGCUUGGUUGAGUUGUAUUUAGGUUAUAAUGAGCUUUUUGGACCUAUUUCUGCAUGUGUAAAUAAUCUGAUUUCUCUAAGAUAUCUUUACUUACACUUCAACAAAUUAACUUCUACUAUUCCCUUGAGUUUGUGGAGAUCUUAA